AUGUCGCCCCUCCAGCGACUGGCCUUAACACCGCGACGUACCAUAUUCUCAUUCGCCAAGAAGGCGCUUUGGCAGUUCCCACCUAAUUUGGGGCCUACGAUUUCUCAACAAGAACUUGUCGACGAGGAGCUUUGUCCAGACUAUGAGUCAGCGGCAUAUUACCCAGCCAACCUUGGGGACGUACUCGCCAACAAAUACCAACUUUUGUCCAAGAUUGGCUGGGGAUCGCAAUCAACAGUCUGGCUUGCCCGAGAUUUAUCGAAAUUCAGAUGGCAAGCUGAAGAAGCGGUGGCCCUGAAGAUAAACAACAGUAACGACAGAGACGAUGCUCUGCAUGAGAGGGAGAUUGAGAAGCAUAUCGCGCAGCUAAAUCCUGAGCAUCGCGGUGGGGUGAUUCUCCGGACGUGUCUGGAUGCCUUGGAGAUCACUGGUCCGCAGGGAAAGCACAUUUGCCUCGUUUACGAACCAAUGAGAGAACCACUCUGGAUCUUGAAGAGACGGUUCGUGGAUCGCAAACUUCCCCUGCCUAUUGCCAAGGCCUACAUCUACUUCCUCCUUGUUGGUCUCGAUUAUCUUCACUCGGAGUGCAAAGUUGUCCAUGCGGAUCUGAAGCUGGACAAUAUUCUCAUGAGCUUCGAGAACGAAAACAUCCUUACCAAUUUCAUCAACCGACAACAAUCAAUGCAGUACAAGGUUGAUGGUGUAAGUGGUCGGACUAUCUACCGCUGCCAUAAUGACUUUGGUCCUCUUAAUGCGAGGGAUAUCAAAAAUCUGAUUCCGAAGAUAUCGGAUUUUGGGCUCGCAACAAGACUUGACAAGCCGUCGACUCAUAACGGAAUGGUAGGAGAGCAACUUGGCAUCUAUCCUAUUCAACCGGACUAUUACCGUGCCCCCGAGGUAAUUCUUGGCUGCGGCUGGGAUUUCAAAGCUGAUAUCUGGAAUUUUGGUGUGCUGUUGUGGAAUCUCCUUGGUAGCAGGGAGUUGUUUUCCCAAGUGCGAAGUGCAAAUGGCCAAUACGACGCAAAGUCACACCUCGCGGAAAUGAUUGCCCUACUCGGCCCGCCCCCAAGUGCCUUACUCGCAAAGUCAAAGGCCAUGUCCGAGCACAACUGGCCAGAGCCUAUACCUAACGAGACCGGCAAGCUUUGCAAGAAUGCUCAAGAAUUCUUUGAUGGUCCUUUCUACCAUACAGAGGGUGGAUUCUGGCACAAGGAGUUAAUUCCGUCCCGAAGCUUGGAAGACACGGCUCCAUUCCUCGAAGGGAAGGAUCGAGAGGCAUUUCUGUCUUUUGCUCGACAAAUGCUCACCUGGAUCCCAGAGGAAAGGAAGACAGCUCGCGAAUUGGCUGAUCAUCCCUUUCUAAAACUCCGACCUUGA